AUGGACACCACCUCCACCCACUGGCAGCUAGGCAUCCUGGGUAACGACAGUCUCAGCCUCCAACUCGACCGGCCGGGGUUCCACUCUGACAUCACCAAGCAUGUAGGAGUCCAGGCUGCUUUGAUCACAGCGUAUAGUCUGAUCAUCCUACUGGGUCUAGUAGGCAACGCCCUUGUCAUCUACAUGAUCAUCCGCUUCCGGAACAUGAGGACAGUCACUAACUUCUUCAUAGCUAACCUGGCCCUGGCCGACCUGUUGGUGGAUACGUUGUGUUUACCGUUCACACUGGUUUAUACCUUGCUCGACGAGUGGAAGUUCGGCGCGGUGCUGUGUCACAUGGUCCCGUUCGCCCAGGCGCUGAGCGUGCACGUAUCGAUCCUGACGCUGACCGUCAUCGCUCUGGAGCGCUACAGGUGUAUCGUGUUCCACCUGGGCCAGCGCCUCACCUGGCGAAGCAGUUUGCUCAUCAUGGCUCUCACCUGGACGCUGUCCUCCAUGCUGGCCAGCCCGCUCGCCAUCUUCAGAGAGUACCGUCAGGAGGAGAUCCCGUCCAUCAACCUGAGGAUCUCAGUCUGCUAUGAGAAGUGGCCUUACGGCAGCAGCAGAGACGGAGUCAUUUACAGCCUGUCUAUGUUACUGCUGCAGUAUGUGCUGCCACUCUCCAUCAUCAGUUAUGCCUACAUCUGCAUCUGGGUGAAGCUGAAGAACCACGUGAGUCCAGCGAGCCGCAUCGACGCCAUCCAGCGCAGGAAGAAGACCACCAAGAUGCUGGUUAUGGUGGUUGUAGUCUUCGCCACAUGCUGGCUACCCUUCCACGUGUUUCAACUAGCCAGUGACCUAGACCUGGUGCUCAGCUUAAGACAAUACAAGCUCAUCUAUACUCUCUUCCACAUCGUAGCCAUGUGCUCCACCUUCGCCAACCCGCUCCUGUACGGCUGGAUGAAUAAGAACUACAGGAAUGGGUUCCUCAUGGUGUUCAGGUGUGAGGCUAAACCAGACACUAUUCACCCUGAGGGAUCCUUCAGGACCCGGUCACUAAGGAGGAUGUCUCUGAACAGGAGGAAUGGAGGACACCCUCCUACUGCCGUCUGAUUGGUUGAUUGAUUUGCCGUCUGAUUGGUUGAUUGAUCUGUCGUCUGAUUGAGGCUGCUGUAUGGAGUGAUAUUAGCACCAUUAGAAAGAGAAUCUGAGGCUGCUGUAUGGAGUGAUAUUAGCACCAUUAGAAAGAGAAUCUGAGGGCUGCUGUAAAAUAAAUAAAAAAGCCUUGUGUGAGUCAGAACGGCCCGUAGGGCAGGAGUCCAUCUCCAGUUCCUGUAGAGUGAACCAGAACGGCCCGUAGGCCAGGAGUCCAUCUCCUGUUUCUGUAGAGUGAGUCAGAACGGCCCAUAGGGCAGGAGUCCAUCUCCUGUUUCUGUAGA